AACAUAAUUCUCGCGAGAUUACGACACCGUGGAAGUAAUGGCAGAUAUGGGAAACCUAUGGGAAGAUUUACGUAAACAAGCCAGACAGUUAGAGAAUGAGAUUGAUUUGAAGCUGGUAUCCUUCAGUAAACUAGGAACAAAUUAUUCAUCACAUAUUGAUUAUGGAAAUGAGUCAGCUCCCCUUAUUAAUAAAUCUAGUAGUGAGCACAUGUUUGAUACAAUGGCCAUGGAGAUUGAACAGCUGUUAUCAAAGUUACAAGAUGUGAAUGAUAGAAUGUCUGACUACACACAGAAUAUCAGUAUGAGUUCCCCUAGUGCUGCUCUACUCCAUACUUUACAGAGACACAGAGAUAUCCUACAGGAUUACUCUCAUGAGUUCCAUAAAACUAAGGCUAACAUAUCAGCAAUAAGGGAAAGAGAAGAUUUGUUAGGCUCUGUCAGACGAGAUAUUAGUGCUUAUAAAAAUUCCUCUGGUUUGAAUAGAAGAACAGAUAUGUAUUUAAAAGAACAUGAUCACAUACGGAGUUCAGAAAAAAUGAUAGAUGACCAAAUAAGUAUAGCAAUUGCAACAAAAGAAAAUUUACAAUCACAGAGAAAAGUUCUUGGAACAAUCACACAGAAAAUGAAUUCAUUAGCGAAUCGGUUUCCUCUCAUUAACACAUUAAUGCAAAAAAUAAACUUACGGAAAAGAAGAGACACAAUAAUUUUAGCGAGUGUGAUAGCUACUUGUGUUAUAAUCUUACUGUUGUAUGCUUUCCAUUAGUACAAACCUGUUGAUAAUAUGUUUAUUAUAUUUAUAAAUGGUGGUUAUUUUUAACAUAAAACUUUCAUAUUUCUUUCACUGUCAGAUGUGCUGAAAAGUAAAGAAUUCUUCAUGUUUGAUUUAUGUGUGUGACCAAUAUAUUGUUUGAAUUAUAUCAGGCUAAAUGACAAAUGAAAGAAAUAAUUUAGCUGGAAUUAUUUUAAGAAAAUUUAAUAUGUGUAUUGACUUUAUUAUAUUCCAACUUAUUGAACAGUAGAUAUUGUUUGUCAUCUUCAUUCUUUGGCUCUUUGUUUCCUCUAGUUCUAUCCAAUGAAUAACUGGUUUGAAUUCAGUGAUCAUUUCAGAAUGUCAUUUACAUCUAUAAUCGUUGCUCAUAUCCCAUUUUUUAAUUCCUAUGAUUUUUCAUAACAAAAAUGGUCAUUGCCAUGGAGGGGUGAAGUUUGUAUAUUGAAUCCAGAUUGAGGCUGUUGAGGGUGUGAAUUCGUGAAUGGCUCAAAAGUGUUUUUCUUGUUGAAAAAAAUGUGUUUACCAUGAAAUAAAGGUUGAGAUUGUGAACAUAUAAGUGUUGGAUUUAACCAUUGAAUUUGAAUCUAAAGGUUUAUAUUAAACCUUUAAGUAAAUCCCUGUUUAACGAAAUUAUAUAUUACAUUAUAUUGAUAGUUUCUGUCAUGAUUGAAUUGUGUGUCCUGAAUGACUCAAUUUGAUGACACACAUAGUUUUCUAGACAUACCUCAUACAUAUCUUGUGGACAUUCUCACACUUGCUAUUAUGUAUCAAGGAUUUUUCUCAAUAUAAAAUAGAGCGUAUGUACCUCUAGGCCAUACUUAAAAAUAUUUUGGUUUGCCCAAACCCUACCCAAAGGUUGAGACAGUGGGUAGGUAGGAAGGCAUUUUCUUUUUUUUUUCUUCAAAAAAUGAAAUUAAAGUAUCAUAUGUUUAUUAGUCUUCAUGCCUAUUUGAUUAAAAAAAACUUCUUCAAAUCAGGACAAUAAAAGAAUUUGAGUAGGCAGCUUUUUUCUGGGUAGGUAGCGUUUGGGCAAACAAACCUAUUAUUUAUUAUGGCCCUAUUUAUAAUGUAGUUGUACAAAUGAAUCUAGAUUGUAUGUACCAGUAUUUAUAAUGUAGAUGUACAAAUGUAUCUAGAUGAUAUUUAUUCAUUACUGAGUUUUAUUAGUAUUAAAAGUGCUUUGAUUUAAAACUUAUUACAGUACUAAUAAUUAUGGUGAUCUAGUGUAUUGGUGUAAAUGAAUACAUGCGAACAUGGUGAUUGCUUGGAGUUGAAUGUUAGUUGUGGAUAAUUUUUUUUAUAAAUGGCAUAAUAUAGCUAAGAAGUGUAUUAACUGAUACAUUUUAAAUCUGAGUUAACAAGAAUGGAACUAUGUGAUAAUAUAGAUAAUUAGCUUAUUGAUGAGUAUAAUAAAUAUAGGAUUUCAAAAUAGUGUUACAGGAAACCUAGGUGUGUUUUGCUUAGUCAAAUUUUCUUGUACAGUUCAGUGAGCAAAGCAAAAAAACAUGAUGCCUGAUUCAUGAUGCCUGAUGUCUAAUAGAAAUUGAAUUUAAAAUUUGAAAUUAAUUCUUUUAACACAGGAUACUGGCUGAAUGAAAGAAGGUUUGAUAUGAUGAAAAAUACUAAGAUGACCUCAUACACAAUUCACCAGUUACUGAAGCAAUAUCAUAAUUAAAUUUUGUUCUAAUUUAGGAUGUAUAUUCUGUGUUAAAGAGAGUAAAGUUUGAGUGUAGUGUAUGUUUUUUAAUCUAGUUGGAGUAGUGUUGAAACUUUUUAUUCUCUGAACAUUCCAUUCUGAAAUGUUGUUAUUCUGUUUUUAUUUUCACAUGAUCAAAAUUCACAGUUCAUCUAGAAUUUAAGAAUAUAUUGUUAUCAUUUGUUAGUAUGGGUUUGAUUUUUGAAUUUUCAGCCAGAUGUAAUGGUUGAGAUCGAUUAUUGUCAUUUUUUUUGGUCUUUAAAUAUUCAAAUUGGAAUCUUGUUUUGUAUAUAUGCAUUUGUGUAAUGAUAGACAUUAAUCUUCAUAUAUGGUGAAAUAAAAAUGACAAGAAAAUUAAGCACAACACAAUAUAUUCAAUAAUAAACAUUGACAUUGUUCUAUUACAAAAUGAAUAUGGGAUUUCUUUAUGUUCAAUAAAAAUUUAUGAAAGCCAUGUUCAAUUUUAACCUAAAGGAUUAUUUUAUCAAAUCUGAGAAUAAUAGGAACUAGAUCAAUUGAAACAGUUGAAAUGUUUUGAUUUGAUUUUUGAAUCUACAAUGGAACAUUCCUCUUUAUGCUUUUUCAGGAAACCAUAGUGCUAUUUUACUCAUACCAAGUUGUCUUUUAACUGUAAAGUUCAGGCCCAAAUAUGUGUUGCCCUUUAAUGUGGAUUAUUUGUAUUUUCUAAUUUUGGAGCAAAACACCAAAAAGGUUCAACGAAAUGGCCUUCUUUAACUUGAUUUUGUCACUUUUAUAACAGCCUCUAAAAUUUGUUUUAUAAAAGAAGUUUAUGCUGUAAGUUUGGAUUUGUCAAAAUUACACUAAAGCCAAUCAUAUAGUUUAAUACAUAUUCAUCAUAUAUUUGUCAUUGUUAUGAAUGUAAAGAUAGAGAUGAAAAACUGUGAUAGUUAUUUAUGUUCUGGUUAUAUUGAACUCUGACUGUUUAUAGUUGUUACUGUUAUAAAGAGGUAGUAUUUAUAUAAUUCUUUUUGUU